GCUCAGUCGUCAUUGUAUUCUAUACGUCGCAAUAAAUAGUUUCAUCAUAAUGUCGUCGUCUCGCCGUAGUCAAGUAUUGGGUAGAUUGCUUGGAAAUCGUCGCCGAUACUCGCCUGAUGAGACACCAAAUGAAAACCAACGUCCGCAGAUAUCGGAAUUCGCGGCUGAAGACGUGGAGAAUGAGCAAGUGGUGGCCACCACCAGCAGCUACAGUCGGCAGAUGACCGGGGAAAAUGUAUCAAAGAAUAUGAAGAUGUACCGUGCAAUAGAAAGAUCCAAGGACAAGACGUGCGGCAUUUGUUUGGAAACCGUCGUUAUGAAGAAGGGGAGUGAAUGUCGCUUUGGCAUCCUGUCCAAGUGCAAGCACAUAUUCUGUUUGCCGUGCAUUCGCACAUGGCGUCAGGAACAGGAAUUCGAGUCCAAUGUGAAGCGUGGUUGCCCCGAAUGUCGCGUCUUCUCGGGUUUCGUGUGCCCUAGUGAAUACUGGGUGGAUACAAAGGAGGAUAAGGACAAGUUGCUAAACGAAUAUCGAGCGGCGAUGGGCGCCAAGGAUUGCAAGCACUUCAACAGGGGCUUUGGAGAUUGUCCCUUUGGAACCAGUUGCUUCUACAGACACCGUCGUAUGCCUGAUGACUACUAUCGACGUCAUCCAAGGGAGGAUGAUGACUUUUACAUAUAUAGAUUUUAAUGAAAUACUAUUCAUGGCAUUUGACCGAUCGACUGAAUUUCAAUUGGAUCGAUCCAUUUCUCAGUGGCUCGAGCAAUACGUUCAUUUCAAA